CUUCUCUUUACCCUUCAGCUUUCUCCAACCUGUGUCUUCUCAGAACCCCCAAGCAGCCGUCGCAGCGGGACCGUCCGGUCUAUGCCCGCUGCAGGACAUAGCUUGGCCGAGAAGCACCGGACAUUUUGGCAAUUAACAUGGCAACUAUAGAAGAAAUUGCACACCAAAUUAUUGAACAGCAGAUGGGAGAGCUUGUUACAGAGCAGCAAACUGGCCAGAAAAUCCAGAUCGUGGCAGCACUUGAUCAUAAUACACAAGGCAAGCAGUUCAUCCUGACAAAUCAUGAUGGCUCUACUCCAAGCAAAGUCAUUCUGGCCAGGCAAGAUUCCACUCCAGGGAAAGUUUUCCUCACAACUCCAGAUGCAGCAGGUGUUAACCAGUUAUUUUUUACAACUCCCGAUCUGUCUGCACAACACCUCCAGCUCUUAACAGAUAAUUCUUCAGCAGACCAAGGACCAAAUAAGUUUUUUGAUCUAUGCGUAGUAUGUGGAGACAAAGCAUCAGGGCAUCAUUAUGGGGCAGUAACUUGUGAAGGCUGCAAUGGAUUUUUUAAAAGAAACAUCCGAAAAAAUUUAGUUUAUUCAUGUCGAGGAUCAAAGGACUGUAAUCAAUACUGCAGGUUACAGAGAUGCAUUGCGUUUGGAAUGAAACAAGACUCUGUUCAAUGUGAAAGAAAACCCAUUGAAGUGUCACGAGAAAAAUCUUCUAAUUGUGCCGCUUCAACUGAAAAAAUCUACGUCCACAAAGACCUUCGAAGUCCAUUAACUGCAACUCCAACUUUUGUAACAGAUAGUGAAAUUGCAAGGUCAGCAGGGCUAUUAGAUUCUGGAAUGUUUGUGAAUAUUCAUCAGUCUGGAAUAAAAACUGAGUCAGCUGUGCUGAUGACACCAGAUAAGGUUGAAUCCUGUCACGGAGAUUUAAGUACCUUGGCCAGUGUGGUUACAUCAUUAGCAAAUUUUGGAAAAACUAAAGGUCAUUCUCAAAAUAGUAAUGAAAUGCCUAUGAUUGAAAGCUUAAGCAAUGGUGAUACCUCUUUGUGUGAAUUUCACCAAGAAAUGCAGACCAACAGUGAUGUUUCAAGGGCAUUUGACACUCUUGCAAAAGCGUUGAAUCCUGGAGAGAGCACAGCCUGUCAGAGCUCAGUAGAGGGCAUGGAAGGAAGCAUACACCUAAUUGCUGGAGACCCAAGCAUAAAUUACAUCGAAAAAGAAGGGCCACUUCUCAGCGAUUCACACGUAGCUUUCAGGCUCACCAUGCCUUCUCCAAUGCCUGAGUACCUGAACGGGCACUACAUCGGGGAGUCUGUCUCCAGACUGCUGUUCUUAUCAAUGCACUGGGCACUUUCAAUCCCUUCCUUCCAGGCUCUAGGGCAAGAAAACAGCAUAUCAUUGGUGAAAGCUUACUGGAAUGAACUUUUUACUCUUGGUCUUGCCCAGUGCUGGCAGGUAAUGAACAUGGCAACUAUAUUAGCAACAUUUGUCAAUUGUCUUCAUAGUAGCCUUCAACAAGAUAAAAUGUCAACAGAAAGAAGAAAGUUAUUGAUGGAGCACAUUUUCAAACUACAGGAGUUUUGUAACAGCAUGGUUAAACUCUGCAUUGAUGGAUAUGAAUAUGCUUACCUAAAGGCAAUAGUACUCUUCAGUCCAGAUCAUCCGGGCUUAGAAAACAUGGAACAGAUUGAGAAAUUUCAAGAAAAGGCAUAUGUGGAAUUCCAAGAUUAUAUAACUAAAAUAUAUCCGGAUGACACCUACCGGUUGUCCAGACUACUACUCAGAUCACCAGCUUUGAGACUGAUGAAUGCUACCAUCACUGAAGAAUUGUUUUUCAAAGGUCUCAUUGGCAAUGUACGAAUUGACAGUGUUAUCCCACAUAUUUUUUAAAUGGAACCUGCAGAUUAUAACUCACAAAUAAUUGGUCACAGCAUUUAAAAGCUGAGAUCUCAGUAUAAACUAAUUGUUCAUUCCCAGAACAGAAGACACCAAAUUGAAUUCAUUGCUUCCAGAAUAUCUGGAACAUUUGACUGGAAAAGGGUAACCAAAAACCAAGUUGUUUUUAUUUUGAUUUAAUUAAGAAGAAUUUUUGAAGUGACUGGGCAGGUAACAGGAAUUGGUAAUUUCCCUUCCUGGCUUAUUUAAGUGAAUAGGGAAUACUAACAAUUUAUUCUGCCUCAUCUUAGUAUCUAAACCAAGAUCUCAUUAUAUUUUAUUUUAUAAAACAAAUAAAUUAGGCUUUUUUUCCCUCAAAAAAA